CCACCUCACAUCACCGCUGACGACUGAAGAAACUUUCGUGGUGUACAUUUCUGACGUUCAGUCUGCCUUGUAGACGCUUAAAUUGCGUUUUAAUGUACGAAUAACUAAACUCGUUGCAAGUCGGUGCGCGCGUGAUGGAUCGCUUAAGUUCGCGAGAUACAACUGUAGCGCUUCAUAUCAGUGACUGAUGCAGUUUGCACAAAGUUCCUCUUGUAAUGCAAAUAUCUGCUUUUGCGAAACAAUAUAAGACGCUGAUGGAGUUCCGUGAAAGUAUGCAAGCCACUUUUAGCGAUUUUAUUUUAAUUAUACGUUAGCACGUUGUUGGACGACUGAGCAACUAACGAACUUUACAACAACAUCUAAAAGACUGAUCAUGGAGACCACGAGUCCAACCACCACAGAGAAGGAGUGCAAGGCAUCCAGCUUGGAUGGCAGUAGUUUCACAGACCUCCCCAAAAAGCCUUCACCGACCACAGCAACUCGAGCUCCUCAUUUAUUCUCAACCUUCCACACACCAAUUCCGAUCGACAUGCGCCACCAUGAGGGAAGGUACCAUUACGAGCCACACCCUCUUCACCCCAUACAUGGACUGUCUGGCAAACAUUGGGAAAUGUGGAAAUGUAACCAAAACAAGAUCUCAUGGAUUGACUGGCAGUCCUGUUAUCUCUGAUAUCUCUCUGAUCCGACUGUCACCUCAUGCUGCAGCUACAGGAGAGUCUCCCUUUAAUCCCCCACACCCAUAUGUCAACCCUCACAUGGAGCACUACCUACGAUCCGUCCACAGCAGCCCCACUCUUUCCAUGAUCUCUGCUGCACGAGGACUGAGCCCUCCUGAUGCAGUGACCCAUGAACACCUGAAGGACCGAAGUUUGUUUGGCCUACCUCCACCUCCGCCUGGUGCAAACCCCUCUGAUUACUACCACUUCAUCGCCAGUCACCGCAGCCCUUAUGGAGACCUGCUCAUGCAGUCAGGAGCUGUGGCUCAUCUCCCUGACUACAUGAGCCCAGUGGACAUGACCCGUUUUCCAAGUCCCAGACUGACGCCGAGGUUGAACAGGAAGCGAGCGCUGUCCAUCUCUCCAGUUUCGGAUGCCAGCAUCGACCUACAGACCAUGAUCCGCACCUCACCCAACUCUCUGGUCGCCUACAUCAAUAACUCCCGCUCAAGCUCGGCCGCUAGCAGCUCUUACGGACACCUCUCCGUCGGAGCCAUCAGUCCGUCCUUUACCUUCCCACAUCCUAUCACGCCAGUAGCAUACCACCAGCUGCUGUCCCAACAGAGGGGUCUGAAUGCUUUUGGCCACACUCCCCCACUCUUACAGCCUCCCUCCUCACUAAGCAGCAGGCAGCAGACGCUGGUAGCAGCUGCCGCCUUGACCAACAACAACAGCACCGACACCAGCACAGAGUUCAACCAGAAUACUGCUGGAGACUCAGCCGUUAGCAGCACAGUCAACCCAAUGAUAAUCAAGAGGUCAAAGGUAAAGACAGAAGCAGACGGACCCCACCCCAUCUCACAUGGUUCUCAGGAUCAUAUGGAUUUGAGGGAGGAACUUGAUAAAGAUGAAUGCAAGCAAGAGCCUGAGGCUGUAUAUGAGACCAACUGCCACUGGGAAGGAUGUUCCAAAGAGUACAACACCCAGGACCAGUUAGUUCACCAUAUCAAUAAUGACCACAUCCAUGGAGAGAAGAAGGAGUUUGUGUGUCGCUGGCAGGAGUGCUCUCGGGAACAGAAACCAUUCAAGGCCCAGUACAUGCUUGUGGUGCACAUGCGCCGUCACACUGGGGAAAAGCCCCAUAAGUGCACAUUUGAGGGUUGCUCAAAAGCUUACUCUCGACUGGAAAACCUCAAAACUCACUUGAGGUCCCACACAGGGGAAAAACCUUACGUGUGUGAGCAUGAGGGCUGCAACAAGGCCUUUUCCAAUGCUUCGGACCGGGCCAAGCACCAGAACCGCACACACUCAAAUGAGAAACCAUAUGUGUGUAAGAUCCCAGGCUGCACAAAACGCUACACAGACCCCAGCUCUCUCAGGAAACAUGUGAAGACAGUUCAUGGGCCAGAAGCACAUGUCACUAAGAAGCAGCGUGGUGAUGUGCCACCUAAACAGCACCCCCCUAAAGGGAAUGGGGAAAAUGAAGCCAGCACAAAACAUGAUAGGGGAAGAACAGAGGAAUCAGUUGAGGCCAACAGCACCAACCGUGGAGUGGAUAACUGCCAGCAUGUCAAGUCUAUCAAGACAGAAAACACAGUGAUGUAUCAGUCCAGCCCUGGUGGUCAGUCGUCAUGUAGCAGUGAGCCAUCGCCACUUGGCAGAGGCACCAACAAUGACAGUGGAGUAGAGAUGGCCAUGCACAGUGGAGGCAGUUUGGCGGACCUGAGUGCUUUAGAUGACACUCCUGUUGUUGAUUCUACCGGUUCUCCGAGUACUUCUGCAGGAGUGGGUCUCCAGCUGCGUAAAAACAGGGGAGGUCUUCUACAGUUUGAGCACAUUAAGAAGGAAAAGCUGAAAACUGUAAGAGAUGCCUGCCCCUGGGCGAAUACAAUGCCUCAAGUCCGAAGUACCAAGCUGCCUCCAAUACCGUCCAUCGACUCAUUGCUGGAGACUCCAAAUAUGGGCACUCAAAUGCUUGGGCCACCUACUCAGUGUUUAGGGGACUUGUCCUCGUGUGAGAUGACAAUGCUAAGUCAGCUUCAUGAGCGCAGAGACAGUUCGACCAGCACGAUGAGCUCAGCAUAUACGCUCAGCCGUAGGUCCUCCGGUAUCUCACCCUGCUACUCCAGUCGUCGUUCUAGUGAGGCUUCACAAUUCGGAGCCCGCAACAACAAUAUCAGCUCAGCUGACUCUUACGACCCCAUCUCAACUGAUCUGUCUCGCCGUUCCAGCGAAGCCAGCCAGUGUGGUGGUGCAGGUGGACUUCCAAGUUUACUAAAUCUCACCCCGGCUCAACACUACCGUCUUAAGGCAAAAUAUGCUGCUGCCACAGGGGGUGCUCCACCCACACCUUUGCCCAACAUGGAACGCAUGAGUCUUAGAACUAGAAUGGCCUUGUACAAUGACUCACAGGAAAGUUCUCAUUUGCACCAUGCCCCAGCUGUAGGCAACUCAAGACGCUGUAGUGACACCAGCUAUGGCGCCCCUGGCAUGAUGCCUCAUGAAGUCCCUGCCAAUAUUCCACGACGUGCCAGUGAUCCUGUUCGUCGAACAACUCUCGACCAAUUCUCCGUGCAGAGGGUUCAACGGUUCAACAGCAUCAGCAACAUGAAUCUGUCACGUCUGCCUGUAAUGGAUCGCCGUGUUCUCAACUUGCAGAACAACACUUGGUCUGAUGGUAGCUUGCACCAUCAUCCCUUCAUUCAAAGACCACCCAGUAUUUCAGAGAAUGUUUUAAUGGAAAAUAUGGCCACUGAUGGAGGUGAUCAGCCCGAGGAUGAUAUGGUACUUCCAGAUGAUAUGGUACAGUACCUCAAGUCCCAGAAUGGUAGCUCAAAUCAGGACAACGGUGGUCAUACACAAGACUUCCAUGGUAAUAUGACCUCUCAACAAAACCAGUUCUACGGACAACGGCGAAUGGCUAUGGUAAGCAACAAUCAAAGCCAUGUACAGCAAACAGUGCCUCUUUGCUCAAGCCCAGAUCAAAUGGCAGACCCGCACGUUGGCUUGAACAAGAACAGCAUGCCUGUGCAAUGGAACGAGGUCAGUUCUGGUUCUGUGGAUACAACUACAAGGCUUCCAAAGCAACAACAACUCAGAGGGAACCUGGCAGUGGUACAGCAGAAGCAGAACUUUGGAGCUUACCAAGGCGUUGGGCCUAAUCAGCAGAUUGUACCAAUGAGCCACAAUCUGGCGAGUCUGCAACAAGGUUAUCCACAGAGAACCGCCCAAAGAAUGAACUCUGUCCAGCAGUAUCGGCAAGCAGUUGCCAAUCCAUGUCAAAAUCUCAGUGAACAAAUUAAUCCUCAACAGGGAUACAGACAGGACCUCAAUUACAACUCUUCAUCAGUAAACGCUAGUCAGCACCUAACAUGCAGUGGCAUGGGUAUGCCCAAUGGGAGAGCAGUAACAUUGCAAAACCAAGACGUGCAAAAUUACCGAUCAAACUUUGCACACGUCAAUAAUGUUAACCAGCAACAUUAUGUCCCAUUCUCUCAGACAGGCAUUCAAAAUGUAGGCAGAGGACUGAUACAGCCCAGACCUCCAUCUGGACCCAAAACUCUGAAUAGGCAACACUCAGGGCCAAGUAUAAUCCAGCAAAAUGGAUGUUCUUUGUCGGGGCUUGACACCUCAGAAGCGCACCCAAAGAGACAAGGUGACAUAGGUCAACACAAAAAUGGGAACGGCAGCGCUAUGUACUAUUCGGAUGAGAUCCAUAUGUUGGACACCAGUAUGGAUUACAGUUCUCCCAUGUCUCCAUGCACAAAUCAAGCCCAUGUUGCUUCAGUGCCUACUAUGAUAGCAUCUCCUGGGGUUAACCAGGUCACCAGCACAGUGGACUCUUCUCAAACACUCGAGCACACUCAAAUAGACUUUGAUGCCAUUUUGGAUGAUGGAGACCAUUCAAGCCUAAUGUCUGGCACAUUAAGCCCUGGACUUCUGCAGAGUCUUUCGCAGAAUUCCUCGCGACUUACCACCCCACGUAACUCUGUUACACUGGCCUCAGUACCAGCAGGUAUUGGCAACAUGGCCAUUGGUGACAUGAGCUCAAUGCUAACUGCCCUUGCAGAGGAAAGCAAAUUCUUAAACAUGAUGGCUUGAGAAUUAUAGAAAAAUAAGAUAUUGAAUAAAGCUAUAACUAAUAAAAUGUCAAAGAACACUAAAUUGUACUCUAAGGGGAGAAAAACUUGUUUAUGCAUCUUGUCAUGAGCAAAGGCACUGAUAUACAAUAUAUUAUUUUAGAACAUUUUCAGGUGCAGCAUUUCAGGUGUCAAAGGUUUGCAUGAAAAUGCUGUUGUAUGUAACAAGAUUGUACCUAUAAAUGGCAAAGACCUCAAGAUGACGCAUCUGUAUCACAAAGCCAUAUGUUGUACGUAAGUUUGUUUGUUAAUGCAAAUAAGUGUACAUCAGGGUAAUGGUUAUUGGGCUACUGUAAGUCUGAUUCUCCCUUUCUCAGCAGUGCACUAAAAUGCACUAAGUGCCUCACUUGAAAGAAUACAAGUAAGCUUUUAAACUCAUAUAAUGCUAUGUAAUCUGGUAUGUAGCUAUACUAAUAGUUAUGGGUAUUUGUGCUGCAUUUUGCUCCAUUUUGUUUAUAGUUAUUCAUUACCUUCAUGUUUUAAAUUAUGUGUAAUUCAUAUGAACUGCACAAACUUAAUUUUUUCAUAAUGUUCAAUGCUCAGAUGUACCCCCUUGUAACUUCUAAGGCAAAUUUAAGGAAUAGUUCAUUCAAAAAUCAUAUUGUACUCACCCUUGUGUCACUGCAAACACAUAUGACUUUCUUUUUUAUGCGGAACACAAAAAGAAAAACUAGAAAAUGUUACUGUGCCUUGUGUGUUCAGUGUUCACACAUAAUACACAUGAGCCACUGUGAACGAGCUUCUCUCAUGAAUGUGCAACGGAUGUAGUUUUUCACUGAUAUAUUACUUACAAUUUAAAUCAUAUGCCUUCAGAAGAUUUAGAAUAUGAUGCAUGGACUACUUUUAUGAUACUUUUGGAUCCUUUUUUAAGCUUUAAAGUGAGCCCCUAUCAACUGCUAUUGUAUUAAAAAGGUGGAGCGAAAUAUAUAUAUAUAUAUUUUCAUUUUGUGUUCCAAAUAAGAAAGUCAUACGGGUUUGAAACAACAUGAGGGUGAGAAAAUUAUAACAGUUUUCAUUUUUAGGUGAAGUAUUAUUUUAAAAGGGUAUAUUCCAAGGAGAUGGUCAGUUUCAUCUAUAUUGUCAGAUUCCCUCAAAGCACCAUUCACAUCUGUUCCACAUCUGUCAUCUCAUCUUCUUAUGUAUGGGCGAAGGACAACAUUACAUCACUGCGCUUCAGUCUGCGGAGGCCUGUCAUCUGUGACGUUCUUUUGAGAUAUCUUUAAAAGAAUAUGCAAGUACUCUGUGUGCUCUCAGCGGAGAUUGCAUCCCAAUUUACAGGUUCAUCACCCUCUCGAGCUUGUGAAAAACCACAGGCGCAUACUAAAAUGCAGUGUUGGGGGUAACGCAAUAAAAGUAACGUGCAUUACGUAAUCAGAUUACUUUUUUGAGUAACGAGUAAAGUAAUGCAAUAUUUUUUAUUUUAGACCAUAGUAUCUGAGUUACUUUUUAAAUAAAGUAAUGCGUUGCUUUUGUAUACCUCUACUGUCCCUGUAUUGCAAGAAAUCAGGAGUAGAAGUGUGAAACUUAAGGGAGGAGACAUUGCAUGAUUGGCAUUGUAUUUCUAUAGCGUGUGAGGCCAGAAACCAUUUAGCAGAGAGAGACAAGUCACUUCUAUUUAAAUGAAUGGGAGAAAUUGGAACACCCAACCAAGAAGCUCUAGCACCCAACAGUCAAUGGAUGUAGACUGGAAGUCCCGCCGUGCAGGUUGCGCAUUUUGUGUUUUUAGCGUGACACGAGGUCAUCAACACUCCGUUGAGUGAAACACUGUUUAUUCAUGUGUUAAUACACACUACUUUAAAAAAUCAGUAAACGCGUUUAGGCAGAGGGAUUAUAAGACUAGUAUUCCACUGAACUGCUCCGUGUUAGAGCUCCUGUAAAUGGGAGAAUGGGAGGAGAAAAGCUGACUCUGGAUCAGUGUCUGCGAGCAACAUUCUACAUGGUUUGUGUACGCAGAGAAAAUGUCUUAGUUUCUAAAAAUUUUCUACAUUUUUGUUUUAUAAUAAACAAGUAGUUUGAUUCAUGAAACAAACCGUUUUAAUGACAUUUUGAUAGCAUUAAAAACGAUCCCAUUCAAGUUGUAUCAACAUGCGCCUUUGAAGUUGUGGCAUCUGUAGGCACCGGGGAUCAACUCAAAAGCGUGCACUGAGAUGACAAGUUAGAGUCAUUAGACUUAUUCCUUGAAUGUGUUAGACUGGCAUCCCCCACUGAAUUUUAUCCUGACUUCUGAAGAACAUCUCAAGUUGACUCUGACAUUGUCAAUGGGCACAGCACAUGAUGACAUAUAUGAUGCAGGUUCAAGUGUUUGACUUUGCUGCUUUAGGUAAGACAGUGGUCAUUCUUCAUUAUUCAUAUUGGCUGCCAUGUUGAUGGAAAAACAAAUCAUGCAUAUUCAUGUUAUUGAUUCUUUAUUAUAAAUAUGACGUGAAGACCUACUUUCUAAAUAUCUGUUUGUUUACUAUGCUGUUUUGCCAUGAGUGUUGUACAAUAGCUAGAAUGACCUGUAAUGUCUCUUGUAUGGAAUGCAUGGCUUAUUUGUAUGGAAUGCAUAGCAUAGCAGAAGAGAAAGUGGCUGUGAGGAAAAAGUAACGCUUUCCAUAAAAAAAUAACUUUUUAAUUAAGUUACUUUUUUAAGGAGUAACGCAAUAUUCUAACGAGUUAUUUUUAAAAGUAAUGUUACCCAACACUGCUAAAAUGACUUCUGCCUUUGAUUCAGCAUCAUAACAAGAAAUUCCCACCAAUGACAGAGCGAUAACUGUUUUCUUAAGGUCUGAAUUAUACAAGGGGAUGAAGGGGUUGAUGUUUCAUGAUGCCAUUUUCAGAACUUGACAUAUGUAUAGCUUUUGUACAUUUUUAAAUACAGUAUCUUCAUUUUUCUCUGUUUUAACACUGGGUUUAUGUUGUCUUGUGGAAAUCACAUGAUCUGCUCCCUGUAGAGCGCAUUAAAGCAGGUAUCGGCACGAAAGCUUUCUAGCGCACCAUUUUGAAUUUUAGAAUUUAAAAAGUGCAAAAGUAAGCAUAUUCAUUAAAAAUGCAGUGGAUUUCUCAUAUAUAGCAUAAACACUUUCUUUGAUUCAAGUUAAAAAAUAAAUCAUUCUAAUAAUACGUAUCAGCAUGAGCACAGUCAUAAUACAGCUAGACACUUUAUUAUUUUACAUAGGUUUAUCGAGAAUGUUCGGCAA